AUGCGCCCGCGCACGUGCUCGGCCGACCGCCAGUGCUGCCGCGACCUCGCGCAGCUCGUGCUCGCCGGCGACCCGAACGUCGUCGAGGCGCACAUUGCGAUCCACGCGUGCACCGUCAACCACACGGUCGUGUGCAGCAGCAAGCACAAGCUCUGCGUCUCGCCCUUCUGCAUGCGCCGGGCGCCGCGCACGUCCCGUCUCGAGCAGCUGCCACUGCCCGACCGGUCGACCGUGUGCGGCCUCACGCUCUUGCAGAUGGCCGUGCUGGCGGCCGACGAGGCCAUCGCUGCCGUGCUCUUGCGCGCCGGCGCCUUGCCCAACAAAUGCCACUCGCCCCAUGAGAGCGCCCUCGUGCUAGCCAUCACCAAGCGCGCGAGUGCGAUCAUCGACCUCCUCUUGGCCCACGGCGCGGCCGUCGACGAGGCGGUGCUGGCGCAGGCCGGUAGCACGGGCAACACGACCCUUGUACGCCAGCUCCUCUCGUCCCAUGCCCACGUACCCCGGCUACCAGCGCUCAUGGCCACCCGCGACGAUACCGAGAUGCAGCGCCAGUUUCUGCACCACUGCGUCUCGACGGGCGACGUGGCCGGCGUCCAGCGCUUUGUCGCGGACUGCGGCCCUGGCCUCGUCGUCGACUACCGCGGCGACGCCUACGCCGUGGGCGACACACUCGUGCACACGGCGUGCCGCAUGCAGCAGCUCGACGUGCUCAAGUAUCUCCUCCUCCUCGGCGUCGACGUCAACGCCCGGAACGCGAUCGGCGUCGCGCCGCUCUACAUCUGCGCCGCCACGGGCGCGCUUCCAUUCGUCGAGGCGCUGGUCCGGGCGUCGGCCAGCGUCCGCGGCGCGACGGGACCGAACGGCGACUCGGCGCUGCACGUGGCCGUGCAAGAAAACCACUUUACGAUCGCGCGGCUGCUCGUCCAUGCGGGCGCCGACGUCAACGGACCCAGCGCGACGGGCGACACGCCGCUGCACAUUGCCAGCAUGCACGGGCACGGACCGAUGGUCGCGUAUCUUUUGCGAAAGGGCGCCGACGUCAGCCGCGAGAACCUCCGCGGCGAGACGAGCCUCAUGAAGGCGUGCCAGCUCGGCCACGCGACGGUCGUCACGCUGCUCGAACGCGCGCACGAGACGCCGGUCGACGACGAGAACCGGUCGUCCUCGUUCGUCUACUACGACGUCAUGCGCCACACGCAGCGCGUGCACUCGAUCUAGCCA